AUGAACAAGGCUUAUGACCGUGUGGACUGGCAAUUUCUGGAAGCGGUUCUCCUCAAAAUGGGCUUCCAUCGAAACUGGGUCAGGUUAGUUAUGUCCUGUGUUAUGUCUGUUUCAUUGGCUAUCCUUGUUAAUGGUGCUCCGGGUCGAAAAUUCAAACCAUCUCGUGGACUAAGACAGGGAGACCCUCUGUCCCCGUUCCUGUUCUUAUUUAUUAAUGAUGUGUUGUCCACUAUGAUAAGGAAGAUUUGUGAGGCUAAUCUCCUGGAUACGGUAAAAUUGAAUUCCGAUGGACCGAUGGUCAGUCACCUCUUCUUUGCGGAUGAUUCGAUCUUUUUCCUCAAGGCCACUUUGUAUAAUUGUGAGGUUCUAUCUGAUACUUUACAUCACUACUGUUCAGCCUCAGGUCAAUCCAUCAAUACACAGAAGUCCUCUUUAUUUUUCAGCCCCAACACUCCCCCUGAAAUUGUUAAUCUCAUCAGUAUGGUUUUGGGUAUGAAACCCGUUCUUAAUCUGGGUUUAUACCUUGGGCUGCCUACAAUUUGGGGCCGCUCAAAGGUGUCAGCUCUUGCCUAUGUCAAGGAAAACAUUGAAAAGAAGAUCUCUGGAUGGAAUGCUUCAACUCUCUCCCAAGCUGGAAAAGAAAUCAUGAUCAAAUCAGUGGCCAUGGCAAUCCCUGCCUACCCAAUGUCAGUUUUCAAAUUCCCUACUACUCUUUGCAACCAAAUCAAUUCCGCUUUUGCAAACUUUUGGUGGGGUAAUGAUACUUCUUCGGGCAUACACUGGAAGAAUUGGUCCUCCCUUGGUCUCCCAAAAUCUGAUGGUGGUUUAAGUUUUAGAAGCAUUGAGACUUUCAAUCUGGCCCUUCUAGCAAAACAGGGUUGGAGAAUCCUGUCUAAUCCCAAUGCGCUUUGGGUCCGUGUCCUGAAGCACCUUUAUUUUCCCUACUGCUCUUUCUUUGAAGCAACUAGAGGAUCUUCCCCCUCCUGGGCAUGGUCUAGUCUGCUGGAAGGUCGGUCUAUUCUCACUUCUAGGUGCAUUUGGCAGGUUGGCUCUGGUUCCUCCAUUAACUUUUGGCGAGAUAACUGGAUCCCCAGAUUCCCUUCCCUCAACCUCCAAGCCUUUAUGCCCCAUAAUGCACCGGAUGUUCCAGUCACUGACUUCAUUGACUUCAAUACUCAUGAAUUCACACCUCACCUCCCCUCCGAGGCUAUCAAUGCUAUAAGAGCUACCCCUUUUGGUGGCCCUGAUGGAUUGGAUUCACUAAUUUGGUCGGCAACCACUUCAGGCAUGUACUCUGUGAGAUCGGGAUAUGAUACCAGGUUGAAUGCCUCAGUCCCCCAUCUCGCAGCUCACCCGCACCAAUCGUAUACCAUUCACAAAAAUAUUUGGAAGUGGCUCUGGAAGACAUGGUUUUGUCACCCUCUUUCGUAUAGGAUAGAUCCCCAAUCCAUCACAUCCCUUGAUCGGUGGAUCUUUACUGUGUUUAAUCUGAAUGGGAUUUCUUCCCCUGCUGAUACGGCCUUCCAAACCCAUGCUCUGUUCUUACUUUGGUUCAUUUGGAAACACAGAUGCCAUUGUAUCUUCAAUUGUGAAGCUCCGUCCUCUAUCUCUGUUGCCUCAAGAGCCUUUUCUGCUUCAACAGAAUUUCUCAUGAUCCCUCAAAGGGUUCUCUCCCCCAACUUCAUGAGGCCAACUCUUGAUCUUGCACAACCUGCAAAUUGGAAAGCUCCCGCCCCAGGCACACUGAAAAUAAAUACCGAUGCCGCUUGGGAUCCCAUCUCUUUGGCUUGUGGGCUGGGAACCUUGCUACGGGAUUCCAAUGGAAACAUUCUUGGAGGAUCUUCCAAGUCAACUCAUGCCUCCUCAGCUAUUGCAGCUGAAGCCAUGGCGAUCAGACUCGGUCUUUCUCUUGCAUCCUCUUUAUCCCUUUCUUCUUUUCAGCUGGAAUCUGACUCCUUGGUCUUGAUUUCAACUUUUUUAAACCCCUUUUCGUCGAUUGAUUGGACUGCCACGCAUGUUGUUGCAGAUAUUCGAGCAUCGGCUAGUCGUUUCGAUCGAGUUAACUGGCUUUGGACCAGUAGACAUGCCAACGCUGCUGCAGAUUUUGUCGCAGGGAUGGCAUCGCGCAGGGUGUGCCCGGCGGACUGGGUAACCAAUCCCCCUCCCUCCCUAAUGCGAAUCUUACUUUUCGAUGCAAGUGGACCUCCUCCUUGA